CUGGCACCGCUAUUAGCUAGCUGUCAACUCAAAAGUGUAAUUGACAGUUCAAGGGUUUUGAAGUGUUUGAUUUAAAAGUUACUUUUGUAUUUGUGUAUUCGUAUUAAUGAUUUGCUCUAACUUUUAGAAAAAAGCGAUUAUAAAUGAUUGCAACAAUAUUUAUGGAACCGAACUGCUAAUUGAUUCUAGUAUGGAUAUCUCGGGAUCCCAAAAAAACUCUUCUCAAUUUCAGUGCUCACAAUCUUCUUUAUCAACGGAAGAAGAUUUAUCAUUUUCAUCUGCGAUUGAUAGAGAAUUGGAUUCACUUGUAUUAGGGGAUGAGCUUCCUGCGUUUGAAAUUAGACUUGUAUCACCGCUUGGCAGAACACCUUCGCCAAUAGACACCUAUCCAGAAGAUUUUCGAACACCUCUUCGGCACCCAAAGUUAGAUGAUGAUGGUGAAUGCUUAAGCUCCGAUUUUGUAACUCUUCAAGAAAUCAACUCAUUGAUAAGUCCGCCUGCUGAUGACGAAGAAAGUAAAGCAGUGAGUCGUUGCAAUAGCCUAGAAACAAUAUUUGAAGGCGUAUUCUUAAAUACACCGCCCAAGAAACGGAAUAAUGUACGAACCAAUCCAAUGCGGGGAAAUCUUUUUGAGAAAAUUGUUGUUAAUCGGAUGUGCAGUGGAAAGGAAAACAAAUUACCAAAUGGCGGGACAGUCUGUGAAAAUAGUAACCCCAGAUGAGCAUAAUCCUCGCACGUUUAAAAUAAAUACAAGAAUUUCUAUAAUACAAUCCGAUAUUAAGAAUUUAAUAUAUACUUAUUUUAAAAUAAAAUUAUUUUAAUCCAAUACAAUAAUAAUACUCUAAAAGACAAAUAUUAAAAAAAGAUAAAGGUUUAAAUUUUUUAUAUAUACGUAGCUGCUUUAAAUUAAAAUUAAAUGGAUUUGAGACAAUAUUAUUUAACUUCAGAGUAGCAAACUAUUAAAUACUUAGCGGUGUACUAAUCUAGAAACUUCAUUUGUAUAAAAUAUACAGCGAAACAAAAUUAUGUAAAUCCACAUACUGUAAGUAGUAUCAAUUUUUAUUUUGCCCAAGAUUAAAUAUUAGUAUUAUUUAAAAUCAAUAAAACUGAUCUUCAUCUUUUAUAAAUAUAAUAUAUAUCAUCAAAAAUCACAUUUUUACAUAGCACCAUUUUUAUUUUGCACAUGUACAUAUAUAUGGGUACUUAAUUAAGUUUAUUUACUGAAUUCUUAUUGUAACAUAACAAUGUGUAAAAAAAUAUUUAUACGUAGUAACAUUCUUAUUGAUAGAAUACAUAUAAAUACGUAUUAAAAACUUUUAGUUUAAAA